CAACGGUCACUAAUCACUAUUACUCUGAGCAUACUUUACAGAAGUUAUCUGUGUGAGAAGAACUGCCUGAAGGUGAAAUGGCCGCGGAACAGCCAGGAGCUGCUGAGGGGAGCGUCAUCGAGUCAACUCCAUUUGUUUUGAAGUGCCCAAAAGGAACAAGGGAUUACGACCCUUUCCAAAUGGCGAUCAGGCAGAGAGUGUUCGGCAUCAUAACCACUUGUUUCAAGCGGCACGGAGCUGUGACAAUAUCUACUCCAGUCUUUGAACUGAAGGAAACACUAACGGGAAAGUAUGGAGAGGACUCGAAACUUAUUUAUGACUUGGCGGAUCAAGGAGGAGAGCUUCUUUCUCUCCGCUAUGACCUUACGGUACCUUUUGCUCGUUAUUUGGCUAUGAAUAAAAUAAAGCAAAUGAAAAGGUUUCACAUUGCUCAAGUUUAUCGUAGAGACAAUCCUGCUAUGACUAAAGGAAGAUUUCGAGAAUUUUAUCAAUGUGACUUUGAUAUUGCUGGUGAUUAUGACCUGAUGAUCCCUGAUUCUGAAUGUCUCAAACUUCUUCAUGAGAUUUUGACUGAUCUCAAGUUGGGUAACUUUGUUAUAAAGGUUAAUCAUCGUAAAAUUCUCGAUGGUCUAUUUGCUGCUUGUGGUGUACCAACUGAUAAGUUCAGAGCUAUAUGUUCUGCUGUUGAUAAACUUGAUAAGACUCCAUGGGAAACAGUGAGGGAGGAAAUGAUAGAAAAGGGUUUGACUGGUGAAGUUGCUGAUGCCAUUGGAGGAUAUGUCCAAUUGAGUGGAGGAAGUGAUCUUAUAGAGAAACUACAAAUGGAUGCUUCCUUAAUGAAGAUUAAAGAUGCAGAGAACGGCCUCAAUGAAAUGCAGUUACUAUUUCAAUACUGUGAAAUAAUGGGGAUCACUGGGCAGCUAUCAUUUGACCUUAGCCUAGCACGUGGAUUGGACUAUUAUACAGGUGUUAUUUUUGAGGCCAUUUUGAAAGGAGAUUCAUCUUCUCCUGGAUCCACAGUGUCUGUUGGAUCAGUGUCUGGUGGAGGAAGAUAUGAUGAACUAGUCAACAUGUUUGAUCCUAAAAGUGGUAAAGUUCCCUGUGUGGGGUUCAGUGUUGGAAUAGAGCGUAUUUUCUCAAUAAUGGAAGCACGUGCUAAGGAAGGAGCAUUGGGUGACAUUCGUACUAGUCCAACUGUAGUUAUGGUUGCUUCUGCUCAAAAAGAAUUGGUUAAAGAACGAAUGAAAGUAUCAAAUAUGCUGUGGGAUGCUGGAAUACCUGCUGAAAUGUCGUACAAAAAAGAUCCCAAGUUCCUAAAUCAAAUUCAAUUUUGUGAGCAGCAUGGUAUACCUCUCAUAGUUAUUGUUGGAGCAGAUGAGAAAGAGAAAGGUGGAGUUAAAAUUCGUGAAGUCAAUGCUCGUCGUGAAGCUGAGAGUUUUGUCUUGCUCAAAGAUUUGGUUGAUGAAGUGAAGAAAAGACUUACAUGAUUAAUACUGUUCUCAGUUGGCAGCUAUUGGUUUAACUUAGCAUAACUUUACAAUACUAGUUACUGCUUAUGAUUACAAUACUAAUUUUUAGAUAAGGGUUUUUCCUUGUUUUUGAUACCUACUAAAUGCUGUUGCACCAAAAUUUU